GUCGGCGAUCGGGUCGUGAGCAAAUCGGCCGCAUACAAAAUCUUCUUCCUUGUUCUAAUAUUAAAAUAAUUGGAGGAAAAAAGUCGUUGGCGUUGGAAAGAAUUCGACAGAUUGUGUGUGAAUCGAAAUAAGUGUAUUUGUUCAAGUGGAAAUGAAAUAACCCAAAAUAUUUUUGACUGAUUGUGUAAAGUGCUCUUUCGUUUCAAUUUGAUCCAAAUCAUUCAAAACAACAUUUUAUUUCUUCCACUCGAUUUUCAGAGAUCCGGAGGGAGGUCCAGUAGCUCGUCGAAUGGCGCCGAGAUGGUUGGGUGUUGUGUUUGAUUCAUAUGCCAAAACACGAGCCCUUUUUUGAAAAAAAGUUGACCUUCAAUCAACUUCGUAUUCCGACGUUGCGGAGUGAGAGGAAUGAGAUGCGAGUCUGGCAGACGAUAGCUGAAUCGUGAGACGAGGCAUGCGUUGUGCCACAUUGGCUGCCGGGAAGGCUCGGAUUCCGCUCGGACGACCAUGUCAGUCAAAGCGGAAUUGAACGACGAGACUAAAUUCAUGGAUCUAAGUGCCAUCGGGUGCAGUUUGUUACUGGAACAGCCCAACUACACUUGUGCUGGUGGUGCUCGAUCAGAUACCAGCAUCACGGUGACCAUGUCCGGGCCCAACGCCAUAUCCGGUCAAGGCGGAAUCUACCAGUCCAGCAACUACCUUAGUCCACGUCAGGCUCCUCCUCCGCCCUAUCCUGGCGGACUGACGCCUUACCAAACGCCUUACCAUUCGCCCUACGUCAGCCCUUAUGCAACGCCGUUCCAAACACCGUCGCCGAGCCCCCUGUCGUCAGUCCAAUCCAGUCCGGGCACUUCCACGUGCCACAGGACAAAAGGCCCUGGCAUCGACGACGAAUUGGCAAUGAUCCUCGAAAGUGAUCCAUUCAUUUGGGAACAGCAGCCUGGCAAUAUUCAAUCGGCGAUUCAGGAAACAAUCAAGCAACCACCGCCACCUUAUCCGCUACAGCCGGAUCGGGUCACAGGACGUCCACCGCAUCCGCGCUCGUCCCCGACGACCCAACCGUCACGGACCCAAUUGAAACAGCAACUUCAGCGACAACAACUGGAGCAGCAGGAGCGUCGCGAGCGCGAACUAAUCAAACUCCACCAAUCCGCCGGAAGGGCGGCCAGUUGCCCUUCUGAGAAACUGGGGAUUCCCAUCAUCGUCCCGCCUCAGCAACAGCCGAGCGUGAUGGAACCCGUGUCGGUUCCGCCGCAAGUUUUGACGGUGCGCACCCGGCUGGAGAAUCCGACACUCUACCACGUCAUCGAAUCGCGGAAGCGCCAGGUGCGCGAAUUCCUCCAGCAGGGACAUCAACAACAAGGGUCCGAUUCGUGUCCGAUGGAUCAGCGACCCAUCACCGCGGUCAAUUCCGCCCCGCCCGGCGGAUUCGUCAUCCCCGUGACCCACCAGCAUCCCUCCUCGUCAGCAGCUCCGACCGACGCCGAGGCGGACGAUUUCUUGGAAGACAUUUUGAAUCUGGAAGCAGGUCUGGAAGAGGCUGAUCGCAAUCGAGUCAUGGACGCCACAUCUGAACAUCACCAACACCAAACUCUUCCGCCCGAGGUGAGCGAUUCGGGCAGUUUGAUGGAACACUUUUUGACUUUGAGCUCGACGUUACAUCACCACAUGGAUCACGUUCCACUGCCGACAGCGCUCGAGCUGCCAGGCACCACCAAACAGCUAACGUCCGGCAACACCAGCAGCAGCACGCCGCCCGGCAAGGGUACGACGACAUCCGUUAGCGAUAACGUGGAUUACGUGCCCAUCAUCACCGGAGCCUUCACUGCUGCAGGAUUGAAAGGAUCGGGAUCGGGAUUGACCUCGGGACCGCCUUCGUCGUUAACUUCUCCGAUGACGUCGCCGACCUCGUCGCCUUGCCACCAUCCGUUGCGGAGCAGCUCGCAUCUCUCCAACGGCAAUCACCACCACCAUCACCACCACCGCGGAUCCAUCGACUCGGUUUUCGUCGACUUGGAUCUCAGCGGGUCCGGCACGGAAUUUGGGGCCGGCGGCGGCGGGCUGUCGGCCUCGCUAGCCGGUGAUUCGACCGGCGGAGUAGUCGACUUACGGGCGCUAGCCAAAGAUCGCCAGAAGAAAGAUAAUCACAACAUGAUUGAGCGGAGGCGCAGGUUCAACAUCAAUGACCGGAUCAAGGAGCUGGGCACUCUGCUACCGAAGAGUAACGACCCUGAUAUGUGCAGGUACUACGACUGCUUCCGCGACGUCCGCCAGAACAAGGGAGGCAUCCUCAAAGCCUCGGUGGAUUACAUCCGCCGGCUGAGACACGACCGCGACCGUCUGGCCCAAAACGAGGCCCGACAGAGGCAGCUGGAAUUGCAAAACAGGCGGCUACUGCUCCGGAUCCAGCAGCUGGAACUCCAAGCCAAAACGCACGGACUGCCGCUGCCGGCUUCCGAUUCGGAAGGAACCUGGACCGAUCCGCACCUGACGUCGGCCCCGUUAACGCCAUCCACUCCGCCUUACAUCAAGACGGAGCCCCGUGACGACAACUCAUUCCGAAAAGUCCCCGACUUGAUUCCGGAGAUCGGCGGAAGUGGCCUGGCUGUCGCUUGCGAAUUCUCGUCACUGGACGACUUUAUGGAAGACGAUUUCAACCAGGCGACCAGAGGAGAUCCUCUACUUAGCAGCUCUCACGCUUCCGCCAAUCAGUCUCACACUCAUCUGAUCGGCCAUUUCGAAACCCAUCCGGAUGACCAUCACCACCCCCACCAGGGCGGCGCCGACCUGUCGCAGGAUCGCAACUACCAGCCGUCCGAAGAGGACGAAUCGCUCAGUCCAGAAUCGCUGGAUCGUAUGGAGCUGUCGGCAUGAUCGACGGAUGUCGGGCCCGUACGACUUCCCCUUUUUUUAACUGUAUCCUGCUUUUUGAUUCGCGAAGAGUAGACAUGGAGAAUGGAGAAAAACAGGAAAAUAACACGUACACAAAUCAGCUAUACACAUGAGAAUCUAUCUCGACCAAGUUACAAAAAAAAAAGGUUUUCUGACCGGCACGUCAACACCAAUCCAUAUCCUCCGCACUCUGUAUACAAUGAACCGCUCGCACACACGAUGGAUUUAUUCCACCAGUUUUUUUUCUCCUUCAAACGCCAACUAUAUGCAAAGCAAAUAAUUAAAUUGAUGAGUGUAAUUUUUUUUUUGUUGUAAUUGUGUCUCUCGGGGUUAAUUAUUUACCGCGCUGUUCAAUGUGUCGUUUUGGUUCUUAACCAAAGCGAAACCAAUUCUUUUCGCUGUCAUCAUCACGUCAAUUCUUCUUUUUGUCAUUGGCUUACUGAUUGUUUGUUUUCUUUUCGAUUUUCCUGAUUCAUUUUCAUUUCCUUCACACGCCAACAGAAACAAGUUAAACAAAAUUGUGUGGCACUGUAGUAGCGUCAUGGUGCGGGUAAAUCGUAUUUCGAUUGGAGAUUUUUAUAUAUCGGUGUUAAAUUUUCAUUCUCUUCAUCUCUGACAAGCCCCUCCCCCCUACCUUCCCGUGCUUUGUACAGUGUUUGGUCUAUCCUCUUGUUGUUGCUGUUGUUGUGGAUUGAAGGUGAAAAAAACAAAAAAAAACUACGAGUUGUUGGGAUUAUGAUCUUUCGAUAAUCGAAAUCUGCAAGUUUCCAAGUCGGUCAAAAUAAGAAUGCGGUCGGGUGAUUCGUACCGAUUCAAAUCAUAUCCUCCCAUUUUGCCACCCUCUUCGUUUCAUGUGUCGCUGUGUACGUGUCUUAAGCAUUUGAGUUUGAUAUAUCAUAUAGCUGUAGAGUGUCUUCCACUAUCUACCGAAUGACUUGUGUGUCUGCUGUUUCAUUACAAUUCCUACAAUAAUGUGUCUCAUGUAAUAUCUCCCUCGUUGGAAUUCAUCUACACUGUGCUCCUAUUAACACAGCAAAGCAUGACAUGUAUACACAUGUAGUCACGCUUUCCUCAUCCCCCUCCCCUCUAUCUCUCUCUCUCCCUUUUCUUAUAUAAUUAUUACGUCGAUGUUAUAUAUAUACCUUUGGUGCCUAUGUUGUUGCCGUUGUUGCUAAAUUGUGUCAUAUGGGGGGAACCUAACUUCUGACGAGAUGUCAAAAACGAAUUUAGGGGCUGAGUGUGUCGUGUUUGAAGCCGAUCUAUUCAGCCUCUUCAAUGUGCGUUAUUUCUAUCAGUCGUUUGUAUUAAAACAAAACACACUAGAUUGCCACUGUAUUGUUUUAGUUAUUUUUCUUACAUAACAUAUAGACGUCGGUCUCGUUUCUCAACAAGGUCUUUUUACCUAUUGAAUAAUAAAUAGUGACUGAAUCGCA